CCUCACUGCAAAUGCAAAUCCUGAAGGCUCGCAUAUCAUGGCGCCAGCAACUGCAUCGUUGCCUCUUCAUUAACUCACUCCCUGCGGAAAUUCAGAACUCUAAAAUCCCCACAUCUUGAUCUGCCCGCCCUCUUAACAUUUCCAAUGUCUGCAGGCACAGGCAAUGUUGAUCGGUUUGUUGGGCAGGGAAUGGGCAGCGGCAGUUUUUUCUUUAUCUUCCCAGAUAUUGUGGUUGACUGUAUCUGAGCGAAAUCGAGAUUUUCUAUUUAGUUUGUUAUUCAAAGUUUGCUUUUCGUCAAGGCCGAUGCUUGCGUUCAUUUUCGACAUCUAGGGUUUUGCCGGUGGAAGAAAUUAGGGAGAAUUUGUUUGGGGGUUUUGGGUUACAAAAGUAGUUCAUUUCUUGUUUUCGUAAGCAAAAAGAAUGAGGGCUUUUGGAUUCUGGUGCUUGUUUCUGUUUAUAACGACAGCUUUUUUGGUGAACCUGCGUCACUAUGGAAGCGAAAGCAGCAGCUCGAAUCCUGGUAAGGUUUCUCUGUUCUUUGCGGGUAGUAAUGUCUUGGCAAAGACAGUUAAAACCAGGAAGCUUAAGGAUUACAUCGAUCCGCAUAGCUCGAAUCAAGCGGGUGGAUCAGGCCGUGUUAGCUUCGAAGAUUACGGUGCUAUUGAUCCAUCCCCAACCUCAAAGACAUCGAUCAGACACGGCCCCAUCCAGCACGAUACUCCUCUGCUUCCUUACAUUCCAAUUCCUUCCCCUCCUCCAAGUGGUUCGGACAACAAUGGGUAAUGUCUGCUCGAUCUCAAUGCUAAUCACAAUGCCUCGGACCCAUCGGCUAUGUGUCGAUGGAGAAUGAUCUAAUAGAUGCUUAGUUAGUUGUAUUAGAAUGCCUACACGAAAUAUAUAAGUAUUGUGCAUAGUUUUGUAACUUCUUCGUUCUUGUGUCAUCCAGUUCUUGGAAAUCUUGAAACUUUUGGAAGUUUGGUUUUAUACUUUUAUUCCGGUAAAAAUUGUUGCUUUUGUUA